CCAAAUAUUUGUAUAUUGAAAUCAACUUUCCAGUAUUGUUAAUCAUGCUGCAAUCUUUUUAAUGACACUUUCAAUCAAAAUAUUCCCACAUUUUGCAAAUCAACAACAAAAUCAACAAAAUUCAUUUAAGUUAUAGCCCGCUUAGUUGACCCAGCUUGUUUCGCAGGACGUUCGACACAAAAGUCCAAUUUAUUUUAGCGAAACAUUGGAAGACGACCAAUUUUCGACCUUUGCCAAUGCCGACAUUUGAGUAUGCAUAAAAUUCAUAGGGGGCUGGAAGGCCAUGAAUGUAUACACUGGCGCGCGCAGCAUUGCCUUGAGGCGUGAUUUGGAUGCUUUGUCUGUAUUCUAUGAAGAACGCAGCGCUGCCAAUCCUAAGAAAUUGUUUAUGUUGAAAAACACGGCUCGGCCUGGUCUUAGUUUUCUCAUUCAUGGAUUAAUUCUUAGCGAUUGCGAGCACUUUGUGAUUGACUUUAUGUCCAAAAUGACAAGGCCAAAAAGUAAAAAGCGUGACACUGUCUUGGAGAUUGGGGCGCGUCUGCCACAAAACUAUAUUACACGGAACUCGCGGUUAAUGGGCAAGUGGGGCCCAGAGGAGAACUCGUCUAAUUUACCAUUUCAACUCAAACGUGGCAAAACAUUUUGGAUGCAGGUGCUGCUGACAGACGAUUCGUUUUUUAUUUCGGUAAAUGGCUUUCACUUCGCCACGUAUAGAUACCGCAUGCCCUAUAAGUGGAUAACUGGAGUUGAUGUCCGCGGAGAUGUCGCCGAUAUAGUCAUUGACAUCUUCCAUGUUACGGAAUAUCCGGUUCGUGUAAGCCUUAGCUUGGCGAACGAAUUGCCAUUCAUUAGAGAUACUUCAAAAGAAAUGUUGCUUCACAGUAGCCUUCACGUGUCUAAUAAGCUGCGGUUUAUUGAUAAUCCCAUUCCAAUCGUCGAGGCUGCCCCAGUUUCCACACCUGAUUUGAUCAUACCGUACUAUGGGCGAAUGCAACAGAAUGAAAAACUUACGGAUGGUCGUAUGAUGCGCAUUGAGGGUCGUGUUCGUCUAAUGCCACAAACUUUUUGUGUGACCUUACAGUGCGGGCAGAACAUUUGGCCGCCUCCAAAUGCAUCGCUAUCAUUUAGUCCCAAUUUCAUACGGGGCAGUCGCACCAAGGUGGGUAAAGCCAUAAUUACGAGGAGCGCCUUUAUAAACGGUAAGGAGAUAAAUCGUGAAGUCUCACGCCUCAGCACCCAUUUGGGACCGGGGAAAGCAUUUGUUCUUAUAAUCGCCUGCCGGAAGAACUGCUAUGAAUUAUAUGUCAACAGCAACUCGAUCCUGACAUUCAAACAUCAGAUGAAUCCCGCAGACAUUGACAUGGUUAACAUCAGGGGUGACGUUAAGCUGUGGAAUGUUGUCAUCGAGGUCGGCACACUUCCGUCGCGGCUCCGUCCUCGUUCGAUACACAGUGUUGCUUCAAAAAAAUAAAUACAAGAAUAUAUUGGAUCUCUGUUUAAAAGCUUCUAGCAUACAUGAAGCAAAUAUAAUUAUAGCUCUGAGCUGGCAGAACAAGUUCAAUAGAAGAAUGUAAUAUUGUUAAAUAAUAAAAUCGUACGUA